GUCUUGGUCAUUAGCACGCACGCUUCUGUAUUUUGUUCCAUGUCAGCUUCCGUACGAUUGUCAUGCGGUCUGAUAGGAUUUGUUGACAGCACAGAGACAGAUAGGACUCAGUCAUUUGCUGUAGCACCCAUUUUCAUAGCAAUGUCCUGGUUUCUUUUCUUUUUGUCGACGAUAUUUGUGUGCUGCAGGGCUAAUGUUUGUCCGUGUGAGAGACCGGAACUCUGUCAGCAGAUCCGCGAGGAGAGAGACUUUGAGGUAGUUUACACAAGUUUGUCAAAAAAUGAAUUCAACCAACGCGCAGAAGUCAGAUAAUAUUGAAGUAGUUUUAUUUUAUCUUCACCCACAGUAAAUAAUGACGACAAUCACUCUUAUUUUAUAUGAAAAACACCUUGUUUAUGAUUAAGAAGUGCAGCGAAUUGAUAAGUUUAUUAGUGUGAAUCGUACUCAGUCAUUAAGACGAACAGCAGACGCGGAAGGUGAAAUGUUAGAAAAAGUAGACCGACAUGAUUUGUUACGUUUCAAGUAGUGAGCUACAGCUUGCCCAAGAUAACUGUCAUUGCAUUACUUUAUACUGUGUGGGAUAAUAAUAUUUCUGGUGGUAUCAGGGCUUACUUUCACCAACUUUGAAAACGAAAUAUCCAUACAUCAGAGGUUACUCUGAAUAAAGAUAAGUCAUGCUGUUUUUCUGUUUGAGUAAAACAAAUUGGAGAGAAAUAUAUUGCCAAGUACUGAACAAUAUUUUACAACUUUGUCAUAAGACUUUCACAUGAUGUUUAUAGUUGUAAUAAAUUUGCUGCCAGUAGCCUGCAAAGGUUAAAAAUGUUAUGACCUCAAUCUUGAUAUAAAAAACAGAGUUUGUCUAGUGUAUGUUUUAGAACAUAUGGAAUUGAUAACUCUAGUUUUUACUACAAAUAAGCUGAGGAUGAACUGUAACAAAAAAUGAAAUUACACCAUAGACUGUUUUAAAUAACUUGUGGACAUGGCUUUAAGCUGAAUUCUCUGAACCUUGAUACUGUAGUUCCUGUCAUAGCUUUUAAUUUGGGACUUGCAGUUCCUCUUUAUCUAUGCACUGUGCUCCUGUUUGCUCUAUGGUCACGUGGUAUUUGAUAAAAGUUCCUCUUUUGGGCCCAUUUGGCCUCAUGGACUUUUGUUAAGUAUAGCGCUUUUUUCUUCUAUAAAUACAAUUGCAAACUUAAAGACAUCUUUGGUUACAGUUCAGUUACAACUGAUGAAUAGCACUUAGAUAAUAACAGGUGUGACCAAAGAUGCAUAUCAUUUGUCACUCACUGUCGUGUCUUACUGCUUGCUUAAGUAAAACCAACCUGUAAUUUGCAUGGAAAUAAACAUUAAUUAAUCUUCAACCUAAAGACUUUGAUCUCUUUACAUAUUUUCUCAUAAAUAAAAAGUGAUAGUUCAAUCAGUUAAUUAACUACACAGGGAUGUGAAAGGCAAAAGGCAAUGUGUCCUGCAUCUGCUAUUGUCCACAUAUCUCCUUUGAUGGUUAGUUUUCCAAUUUUCCAUCGUUUUCAAAUGAUGGGUCAGCUGAGUCAUUGUAGUAGCCAGAAAAUAAGGCCAAAGGUUUUUUCCACAAUGAUUAUUCUGGAAAACAACAGAUUUCAGACUUACUAUUAAUGGCAAGGAUGCCAUCCUUUCAAGAGGUUUAGUUUGAUAUGCUUAUGUAACAAGGACCAUACACAACACAACUGCUGAGCCAGAGUUAGCAAUUAAUCUCAUGUACAUCUGUGGUGUCUGGCAGGGAUCUUGUUGUCAGUCAGCACACUGGAAAGCAAAAGCGGUUUAGUAACUAAUUCUGUAAGCCAGCAGUUUUGUAUGGUAUAGAGAGGAACCCUUUCAGGCUUUAGUCAUUUGUGACAGACAUUUGACAGGGUUCAGUUGUACAAAUGACAAAACACAAAAGGUAGGGCCAGUGAUGUUACAUUAAUGUAUCUGUGUCCUCUGCAUAUUUCUGUCAGGUGUUUGUGUUCGACGUGGGUGGAAAGACAUGGAAGUCCUACAACUGGAGCAUGGUGACAACAGUGGCAACAUUUGGAAAAUAUGAUGCUGAACUCAUGUGUCAUGCUCACUCUAAAGGAGCACGGGUUGUACUUAAAGGUAGGCUAAAUUGAGCCUUUAACUGCAGUGUUUAUCUAUUAAAAGGGUUGACUUUUUCUGUUAUCUUUUAAAGGCCCAAUUGUGCUAAUUUUAAAACCAUCUCCCCUCUUGUUGUUUGAAAAAGGUGACGUUCCUCUCUCUGACAUUGUGGACCAAGAUAACAGGACAGCAUGGAUUACAGAGAAGGUCAGCCAGGCUAAGAGUCAGUUCAUGGAUGGGAUCAACAUUGACAUUGAACAAGCAGUGGAGGAGGACUCACCGGAGUACCACGCUUUGACAGCUUUAGUUAAAGAGAGCACUGAAACUUUCCACAGAGAGAUCCCUGGUUCCCAGGUGAAUGCAGUGUUUUUUUCAGUGUCUCUCUAUCCUUCAUUAUUUUUUAAACCAUGAAAAUGCCCUGAACACCUCUAUUACACCACAUAGGAAUAAUAAUUUUAAAAAAGAAAGUAUAAAAUUAGUGAUUUUUGUCCUAUCCUCGCCUCUAGGUUUCAUUUGAUGUUGCCUGGUCUCUAAAAUGUAUCGACAAGCGCUGCUAUGAUUACAUUACAAUUGCUGAGUCUUGUGACCUGCUCUUUGUGAUGUCCUAUGAUGAACAGAGUCAGAUCAUGGGGGACUGUAUUGCAAUGGCAAAUGCCCCACUCCAUCAAACACUGGCUGGUUUGUUGUGCAGAUGUUUUAUUAUCAAUCAGGAAAAAAAGGCCAUUUUUAACACCACUAAAUUCCUUUCUUUUUUUCUUUGUUUUCAGCUUAUGACCAAUUUAUUGAAAUGAACAUUGAUCCAAAGAAGCUUGUGAUGGGAGUACCAUGGUACGGCUAUGACUACCCAUGCCUUAACCUAUCAAAGGUGAGAUUUUCUCCAAGUUACUCCUAGAUUGUUUUUAUUUUUUUAACAACAAUAGAAGCCAGAAAAUAAAUACUUGUAACUCAGGUGCUCAUCUGACAUCACCACUCAGUCAAUUUUUUUACACAUUAAGUGCAAUGUCCUGAUAUCUAAUGGAAUGACUGGUCUGAUGUUGUACAUCUAUGAUGCAGUAACUGUCUCUCUCGAUAACUUUCUGGUCCCCUUCCUUUUCCUCUACUGCCACCAAGAGGUUGAAGUGAGUCAGCUCAACAACUUUUAGAGAAGAUGUAUUUUGUCACAGACAUGUACUACUUGACAAAUUUUGUCAUACAUCCAUCAUCCAUCAGCCUUAACUUAUUGACAUUUUGGAUAAAAAUUGGAUGAGACAGUUUUCAAAGAAAAUACAUCCUACCACAAUUUUUCACUACGUCUAUUUUUGUUUCUCUUACAGGUAAAAAAGUAAUUUUUUUCAAGGUAACACAUAAAACUGUUUUCAUCUUUUCUGCUGUCAGGAGGGGAUAUGCUCUAUCGCCAAGGUCCCUUUCUGUGGAGCACCCUGCAGCGAUGCAGCUGGGAAACAGAAACCAUAUAAGUGGAUCAUGAAGCAGGUCAAUGUCUCGAUGUCGGGCAGGCUCUGGGAUGACAAACAGCAGGCACCUUACUUCAAUUACGAGGUAAACUGUCUUCAUUGUAAAGUUUUCAACCUGCAUUUACUUCAACUGGACAAGAAAUACACAACUCUUUUCCUCCAUGAUUGGGCAAAGGUGGCACCUGCAUGACAGAAAAAAAUGUCUUGCCUGCCUGACCUUGUUUCCUCUAGUUCUGAUGAAUGAGGACUAAAAAAAACAGGCCUUGAAGAAAAAGUCUGUUUAUGUGGAGCACUGGCAACCACCCCAGCUACCAGUCCCAAUUCAAACAAAACAAACGGCCCCUUCCAAAUAGCAAUAAAACAUUUCCACUGACUGCCUCUCUUUGGGAGUGAAAUCCUCUUCAAAAGAACAAAGACAUGCCCUCAUCAGCUUUCAGCUUCAUUAUCAUCUGAACUUUUUUUCCCCACAGGACCAGGGAGGGCAGAUUCAUCAGGUUUGGUAUGAUGACCCACAGAGUAUUUGUCCCAAGGCAGACUCUGUAAAAUCCAAAGGCUUAAGGGGAAUUGGCAUGUGGAAUGGAAACAUCUUGGACUACAGCGAUGAGCCGGUUGCCAGGCAGCAGACUGCAGAGAUGUGGAAUGCACUGUUAGGAUGCUAGCUAGGAUACACUUAACAUUGCUGCAGAAUUUACAUCAGCCCUCCUGUUUGUCACUGAGUCAAUAUAAGCCUUUGUAACAGUAAUGGACGGGGACUGCCCACUGAGUUUAAAUGUACACCUACACUUCAGAGUUUAUGGUAGCUUUCAUUGCUUUAGUCUCUGAAUAUUAUAGCUCAGAUGUUUGAGUAUGCUGAAUGAAAUCACUGUGAUUCUCUGAGGAGACAGGCAGUUUUUAAAAAAUAUGAUGAACAAAAAGAUUAUUUUUGAUUACUGACAUUUGUGCACCUUUAUUUUUUAACAGAUAAAUCUUUUCUGUCUUAGCUGUAAGUUGUUUUAUUUUUUUAACUCCUAAGCAUUAUUUCUUUUUCUUCUCUCUUUAUACUUUAGCAAAGCCAAUGGAAAACUCAAAUCUUUUACCUCCACAUCUUUAUAUCUUUUGAUCUGCUCUCUGUGCACUCACAUGCACAAACAAGACUUUGUGAACAUGCACUGAUGAUGAGGAUACACAGACAUCUCACCAGUAACUAGCACAACCUUCAUCAUUUUGUUUGUUCUGGGGCUUCAGGCUGACCACCCUCUGAUUUUACCACAGUUAUAAUAUUAAGCUGUUUUUCAUUUAGCCACAACCCUAUAAUACCUGUGAUAUAUAUAGAAUGAUUGGUCAAGUCAGUAUAUUAGGUUUAAUGCAAUGCAGCAUAGCAAGCACAAAAUCAAAUCUGUAAAAUCUCAUAUGUAAAACAAAAUUCAUCCAUUCCAGCAUAAUAACGGUCAGACUGCCUUGUCCAUGGUCGUGUUGAUUAGCUGGAUGUGCUCUGAACUUGUGGUCUUUCCCAUCUAGUGUCUCCCAAGCUUAGGCAGGUCAUGUGAGUAGGGUGAGAUGACUGACUCUUCUUCUGGGCGAGCUCAGCCUUCAAAGCCCUCAGCUCUGUGGCUGCCUGCUUCCUCAACUACAAGAGAAAAAGUUGUGUGACACGAGUUAAACUUAACAUUUUUAAAUGAUGUGAUGUACAGUUGAAAGUAAAUAAUGGGUUAAGUCUCAUUUAAUCUUGAGCUCAGUUGAAAACUUGCUUUGCUGUGUAAGUCCAUUGAUGUUCCAAGUUUGUACGGAAAAAUCAUUUACCUUGAUCUCUGUCACCAGCUUCAUCUUGGCAUCUUCAAUUUUCCUCUUCAGGUUGUCAAUCUCAUAGCUCUCCGUCAUGAUCUGUAUGAUGAGCUCAUUCUGAAAAAUCAGGAUCUUCCAUUCAGUCACUGAAAAGGCUUCAGAGCUUUAAAAACUAAGAGCGUAGACUUUUACCCUAAUACUGAUUCCACUAGUUUUUCUGUUACGAUCAAAAUGCAUCCUGUAAACAGGCAAUAUCACAACUUAAAGUAUCAAGCAAGUUAUUUUUUGUACUGAAAAACUCAACUGGAUUGUCAAACUUUGAAUAAAAGUUGUAACUGAGUUUUACUUUACCCUCA